AUGCUCGAAUUACGAAGUUGUAGUUAUUUAGUGAACAGUAGUAAGAGGCACAUGCCUCUAGUGACUUAUUACCGAUUAAAUGCGAUAAAAUGGCCUAAGUCUCGAUUUUAUUCACAUACGGCUAGUCCUUCAAAAGUACAAGGCACAUUGGACUCUCGAAAUGGAAAUAUUCUGGACGAACUCAAGCAAAGGGGUUUAGUGUGUCAGGUCUCACAGCCGGAGGGUGUCCUUCGGACGAAGUUGAACAGUGACGAUAAGAUCAAGCUCUACUGCGGGGUGGAUCCCACUGCUCAGUCACUGCAUUUAGGAAACCUAGUUCCAUUGAUGGUUCUAUUGCACUUUUACGCACAAGGUCAUGACAUUGUGACUGUGAUAGGUGGAGCGACAGGGAAAGUUGGGGACCCCAGUGGGAGGAAAAUUGAAAGAGACGUUAUGGAGAACGAUAUUAGGCAAAACAACAUCAUAUCUAUCUCGCAACAACUACAAAGGUUUUUCAAAAAUGGACUAGAAUAUUACAGAAACCGAUGUGCUCUCACAGAAGAUGUACCUUCUGGAAAAUACACACCAAAGAAUAAUUUCAACUGGUGGAAAGAUAUCAAAAUGUUGGAUUUCUUGGCGGAUUUUGGUAGGCACAUUAGGGUACAAUCAAUGCUGGCGAGAGAUUCAGUUUCUUCCAGGCUUCAAACUAAAAAUAGUCUCGGAUUUAACGAAUUCACUUAUCAAAUUUUACAAGCCUACGAUUUUUAUCAUUUGUACAAGGAAGAGAAUGUGACUAUACAAGUAGGUGGUAACGACCAAUGGGGAAAUAUAACAGCAGGUAUCGAUCUCAUAAAUAGGACACAACCUAUACAGAAGAAGGGUUUGCCAUUUGGUGUCACUGUCCCCUUGUUGACGACAGCGACAGGAGAGAAAUUUGGGAAAAGUGCGGGCAAUGCUGUUUUUAUUGACCCUUCAAUUAAUACGGCAUAUGAUGUUUACCAAUUCUUUUAUAAUACUCUGGAUGCUGAUGUGCCCAAGUUUUUGAAGAUCUUCACUUUUUUAGAUUCAAGUGAAAUCAAGACAAUCGCGGAAUCGCAUGCCAAAUCACCCAAUUUACGUCAUGGCCAAUCUUUAUUGGCUAAAGAGGUCACUGACAUGUUAUAUGGAGUUGGCUCCGGUUCGGACUCAGAAGCGCUCUCUAAUGUUAUCUUUGGACGUUAUGACGGAACCUUAUCCGCCACCAAGUUAAUUGAUCUAUGUAAAAAGGCCAGAAUUCUACAGCAUGCUGAUAGGGAGGACAACUUAAUCAAGUUAAUUUGUAAACUAGUAGAUUGCUCAGUAUCAGAAGCCAGAAGAAAACUCUCCCAAGGAAGCGUGUACUUACAUCAUUCAAGAACCAAAGUGAACGAAAACAUUUCUAAUUUGGCUCCUUUCUUGAUAGACGAUCGAGUGCUGAUCUUGAGGAUAGGAAAGCAGAAAUGUUUUAUAAUAGAAAUGCGUUAA